CGUGGAAUCUGGGCAACAUGUGCAAUUGCAGCAUAUCUCACUAGCUAACUGCUACUUGUAGCAAGUUGGUACCAAAUGCCAAUUUGCUUCGUAGAAGCAGGGGUGGGUCAAACUGCAAAAUUGUGAGAGCUCUCACAGCGCGAGCGAGGGUCCUCAGAUAUCGAACAGUUUUGCACUGCUCCAACACGGGCGCUUGUCCGAAGGAAGCUGUGUGUGAUGAUUUUGAUGGCCAAUGAAAGACAGACAUAGAAGACCUUUUUCCGCUGCUUUAAACUCCAAAUGAAGAGACUUCUGUUUCAUUGGCUCAAGAUGUGCUGAUUCAUCAGAGUUUGGUGCCUACCGGGCCUACUGCCAUUGCAUCUUAGUUCGUUUGCUCCAGGCACCCUCUUUCGUCACCAUGGGCGCGACGUGUUGCAAGACCGACACCGCCCCAAGCUCGGAUGCAACCGUUGAGGCGCGGCCGGCCUUGGAUAGCUCCUUGGCGCUGCCCUUGGUGACAGGUGGCACUACGGAGAAGGAACGACUUUACACCGUGAAGCUCACAAAAUCAGGUGACCGAAAGCUGGGCCUUGAUGUGGACUUCAUGGCAGAAAGAAAAGUCUUACCCAUCAUGACAGUCACUGGUGGGGUGGCGGAGAUCUGGAAUCAAGAACAUCCCGAGCUUCAAAUCAGUAAAGGUGACAGCAUCUUGAAGGUGAAUGGAGUAACCGGUGACGUGGCCGCGAUGCUGGACAGGUGCAAGACAGAUAUGGAACUUGAGUUAACUCUAUGCAAAUGCCUCAACUUCGAGUACCUCGUCGUAGACUUGGAAAAACUAAUUACCAGCAAGGGCUGUGGGCCGCUCAUGCUUCGUCUUUCGUGGCAUCACAAGUGCAUUUUCUAUGCCGGCGAAAAGCCCCAUGGUAUUCCCUGGCUUGAGGCGGCCAGGGGAUUUCUCAAGGCGAUUUCACAGAAGUAUGUGCCCAGACUGAUCUCCCAUGCAGACUUGGCAGCCUUGGCGGCAAAUACAGCCAUUAAGGCCCUAGGAGGCCCAGAAAUUCCAACACGCUUUGGCCGGCUAGACAUCAGGAGUGAGGAUGAUGUAAUGUUGCCGGAUGGUGAGAAGGAUGCCAAGUACAUCAGAGACGUUCUGGGCCCAAAGGGCCUCGAAGAGAAGGCCAUGGUGGCAGUGCUUGGGGCAAAUGUUUGCGGAAUGUGUCACGUUGAGGGUGCUGACUUUGGAGCCAGAAGAUUUGAUAAUUCGUACUUCAAGGAUUUGCUCACCAAGCAGUGGGAACAAGAGACAAGCCAAAAUGGCACGCCUCAGUUCAGGUGUGGAGAUGCAGUCAUGAUGUCUACUGAUAUGGCUCUUGUAAACGAUCCAAACUUUAAGGUGCAUGUGCAACAGUAUGCAGCUGAUGAGAAGCUUUGGCUCGAUGAAUUUACCAAAGCCUGGGUGCAGCUGCAAGAACACAUUACAUCGGAAUGGCGAGAUAUUUUGUAGGCACCACGACUGAAGACAACGACUCGACAGACUUGCCGAAGCGCAAAACA